UCUUUCUCUUAAGUUUCCUGGGCUCGAGCGCAGUAGUGCCCCCAUGAUCUGAAAAGCAAAACCCUCCUCCAUUGACAAUGGGUUGAUUUUCGUUGUGCUUAAAAGUAAUCUCUGACUAUGCGUUAUCUAAUGCAAUUACGGUGCGCACAUGACGGGACAAGUCAGACCUGGCAUCAUUGUGUAAUAAAUCCGUUAAAUCUGGAUAGGCCCAAUACAUAAAACAAAUAUGCUUCAGUGAGCAGAUAUACUUUUUUCUCAGGGCCGUGCAGUUAAACCCUGAAAGGUGAAACAUUAUGAGCAACAACUGUUUAACAGGAGCAAAAAUGGACACUCAAGUUGGAGGAGGAGAAAACAACGGAGACGUAGAGGUAGCUCCGGCCCUAAUUUCAGUUCAGCCGUCCCAGGAUUCCUUCGCUGUCGCAGUCGGGCCAGACCUCCGCGUCUUCGACUUCCGAGGGGGUUGUGGGGUUACAUUGGUGGAUGAAACUGGAGAGUUUAUAUCAGUUGGUGAUGAUAAACUUGUCAAUAUUUGGUCUACUGGUUCUUGGCGCUGCAUUGCUUCCGUGUGCUCUGAGAAGAGAGUGAGUGUAGUUGCCAUUUAUGAUGGAAUGCAUGCUUGUUUUGCUGACAAAUUCGGAGCUGUUGGGAGGUGGAUCUGCAUGGACUUGAUGGAAACGAGUCAUUGGAAGAUCCAGAGUUUGAAUCCGCAGAGAAAUGUUCAUAUCAAGAUUUCUACUACUCGUGGGCUCGGACCCAACUCGGUAUUCAAGUGGUAUAUGGCAAUCGCAAUUGUAGUGUAGACAGCAAACCAUGUGCCAUAUAGAGUUGAUUCUACAGCC